CAGUUGAUUUGACUGUCAACUGACAACGCUCUAUUUAUGUGCUUCCAGAACAAAGCACAGUUGGUGGUGAUUGCUCAUGAUGUGGAUCCAAUAGAGUUGGUCGUUUGGCUGCCAGCUUUAUGUAGAAAGAUGGAAAUCCCAUACUGCAUUGUCAAGGGAAAAGCAUGUUUAGGAUCGGUAAGGAACAUCAUAUGUGCACUGAUAUAUGCUUUCCUAAUAUAUUACUUUAAAUCGGUGAUUGAACAUUGCUUUCAGGUCGUGCAUAAGAAAACUGCUUCAGCUUUAUGCUUAACAACUGUGAAAAAUGAAGAUAAAAUGAAGUUCAGCAGAAUUUUGGAGGCAAUCAAGGAGGAGAACAGAAAGAAAUGGGGUGGUAGUAUUAUGGGAUCCAGAUCACAAGCCAGAACCAAGGUGAAAGAAAGAGUUCUCGCCAAGGAAGCAACACAAAGAUUGAACUAAAGCUUCUAUUUAUUUGUAUGCUGCUGCUGGACUAAACCUACCAAUUUUGUGUUUUUCUUGGUUUGCAUGCCGGAUCAAUGUUAGAGAUCUCACGUGGGAUUAGACUUACAGAUUAUGUUUUAUGUAAAAGACUUUACUAUUGUGUCAGUUUUUGUAAUAGAUGUUUUGGUUGAGUUGGUUAUGUAUGACGAUAAAAUGAGAAGGGCUAUUGCAUUCCCUAUGUUGUGGUGCUUCAACUAAAUACAUUUUAACUCUUGCAUACUAUAAUCCUUGAUCUUUACUAUAA